CGCAGGGCGGAGGCAGCGGCUGCGCCGGGCUGGGAGGAGGCCGGCGAGGGUGCGGAGCGGCCCCGGUUCGGCCCGCGGCGGGAGAUGGCGUCCUACGUGGAUAACAGCUUCCGCCAAGCGGUGAUGAAGAACCCCGCCGAGAGGACCCCCCAGGAUCUGGAAAUAGUGUACUCCUAUUUACAUGGUAUGGAAGCCUUAUCAAACUUGCGAGAGCAUCAACUUAGGUUAAUGUGUGAAACUGUAAGAUAUGAAAGACACGAAGCAAAUGAAGUUUUAUACUAUCCUGAUGAUAUUGGGACCUGCUGGUAUAUCCUUCUCUCUGGUUCCGUGUUCAUUAAGGAAUCCAUGUUUCUUCCAAGAAGCAGUUUUGGCAAACGUUCUGCAGGAAGCUUUAGGCGUGGCUGUGAAUGCAUUGUUUUAGAGCCUUCUGAAAUGAUUGUGGUGGACUAUAUGGAUGAAAAUGAAGAAUAUUUUCAGCGUCAAGCUUCCCAUAGACAGUCUCGAAGGAGAUUUAGAAAAAUCAACCAGAAAGGUGAAAGACAAACAAUUAUUGACACUGUGGAUCCUUACCCUGUGGGCAAACCACCUUUGCCUAGGGGCUAUCAUACGCUUCCUGCAGAUUUCACAAAACUGCACCUUACUGACAGUCUCCACCCACAGGUGACCCACGUUUCUUCCAGCCAUUCAGGAUGUAGUAUCACUAGUGACUCUGGAAGCAGCAGUCUUUCUGAUAUCUACCAGGCCACAGAAAGUGAGGCUGGUGAUAUGGACCUGAGUGGGUUGCCAGAAACGGCAGUGGAUUCCGAGGACGAUGACGACGAAGAAGAUAUUGAGAGGGCGUCAGAUCCUCUGAUGAGUAGGGACAUCGUGAGAGACUGCCUGGAGAAGGACCCAAUCGACCGGACAGAUGAUGAUAUUGAGCAACUCUUGGAAUUUAUGCACCAGUUGCCUGCUUUUGCCAAUAUGACGAUGUCGGUGAGACGGGAACUCUGUGCUGUGAUGGUGUUUGCCGUGGUGGAAAGAGCAGGAACCAUAGUGUUGAAUGAUGGUGAAGAGCUGGACUCCUGGUCAGUGAUUCUCAAUGGUUCUGUGGAAGUGACUUACCCAGACGGAAAAGCAGAAAUAUUAUGUAUGGGAAAUAGUUUUGGUGUCUCUCCUACCAUGGACAAAGAAUACAUGAAAGGAGUAAUGAGAACAAAGGUGGAUGACUGCCAGUUCGUCUGCAUAGCCCAGCAAGAUUAUUGCCGUAUUCUCAACCAAGUAGAAAAGAACAUGCAAAAAGUUGAAGAGGAAGGAGAGAUAGUUAUGGUGAAAGAACACCGAGAACUUGAUCGAACUGGAACAAGAAAGGGACACAUUGUCAUCAAGGGCACCUCAGAGAGGUUAACGAUGCAUUUGGUGGAAGAACAUUCAGUAGUAGAUCCAACAUUCAUAGAAGACUUUCUGCUGACCUAUAGGACUUUUCUUUCUAGCCCAAUGGAAGUGGGCAAAAAGUUAUUGGAGUGGUUUAAUGACCCGAGCCUCAGGGAUAAGGUUACACGGGUAGUAUUAUUGUGGGUGAAUAAUCACUUCAAUGACUUUGAAGGAGAUCCUGCAAUGACUCGAUUUUUAGAAGAAUUUGAAAAUAAUCUGGAAAGAGAGAAAAUGGGUGGACAUCUAAGGCUGUUGAAUAUUGCAUGUGCAGCUAAAGCAAAAAGGAGAUUGAUGACAUUAACAAAACCAUCCCGAGAAUCUCCUCUGCCUUUUAUCUUACUAGGCGGCUCUGAGAAGGGAUUUGGAAUCUUCGUUGACAGUGUAGAUUCAGGUAGCAAAGCAACGGAAGCAGGCUUGAAACGUGGAGAUCAGAUACUAGAAGUAAAUGGUCAAAACUUUGAAAAUAUUCAGCUGUCAAAAGCCAUGGAGAUUCUUAGAAAUAACACACAUUUAUCUAUCACUGUGAAAACCAAUUUAUUUGUAUUUAAGGAACUUCUAACAAGAUUGUCAGAAGAGAAAAGAAAUGGUGCCCCUCACCUUCCUAAAAUUGGUGACAUCAAAAAGGCCAGCCGCUACUCCAUUCCAGAUCUUGCUGUAGAUGUGGAGCAGGUCAUAGGACUUGAAAAAGUGAAUAAGAAAAGUAAAGCCAACACCGUUGGAGGAAGGAACAAGCUAAAAAAGAUACUCGACAAGACUCGGAUCAGUAUCCUGCCACAGAAACCAUAUAAUGAUAUUGGGAUUGGUCAGUCUCAAGAUGACAGCAUAGUAGGAUUAAGGCAGACAAAGCACAUCCCAACUGCAUUGCCCGUCAGUGGAACCUUAUCAUCCAGUAAUCCUGACUUACUGCAGUCACAUCAUCGCAUUUUAGAUUUUAGUGCUACUCCUGACUUGCCGGAUCAAGUACUAAGGGUUUUUAAGGCUGAUCAGCAAAGCCGAUACAUCAUGAUCAGUAAGGACACUACAGCGAAGGAGGUGGUCAUUCAGGCUAUCAGGGAGUUUGCCGUUACUGCUACCCCGGAUCAAUAUUCGCUGUGUGAGGUCUCCGUCACACCCGAGGGAGUAAUCAAACAGAGAAGACUUCCAGAUCAGCUUUCCAAACUUGCUGAUAGAAUACAACUGAGUGGAAGGUAUUAUCUGAAGAACAACAUGGAAACAGAAACACUUUGUUCAGACGAAGAUGCUCAGGAGUUGUUGAGAGAGAGCCAGAUUUCUCUGCUUCAGCUCAGCACGGUGGAAGUUGCCACACAGCUCUCUAUGCGCAAUUUCGAACUGUUCCGCAACAUUGAACCUACCGAAUACAUAGAUGAUUUAUUUAAACUCAAAUCAAAGACCGGCUGUGCCAACCUGAAGAAAUUUGAAGAAGUCAUUAACCAGGAAACAUUUUGGGUAGCAUCUGAAAUUCUGAGAGAGACAAACCAGCUGAAGAGGAUGAAGAUCAUUAAGCAUUUCAUCAAGAUAGCACUGCACUGUAGGGAGUGCAAGAAUUUUAACUCAAUGUUUGCAAUCAUCAGUGGUCUAAACCUGGCACCAGUGGCAAGACUGCGAACAACCUGGGAAAAACUUCCCAAUAAAUACGAAAAGCUAUUUCAAGAUCUCCAAGACUUGUUUGAUCCCUCCAGAAACAUGGCCAAGUAUCGCAAUGUCCUCAAUAGUCAAAACCUACAGCCCCCCAUAAUCCCUCUAUUCCCAGUUAUCAAGAAAGAUCUCACAUUCCUUCAUGAAGGAAAUGACUCAAAAGUAGACGGGCUGGUUAACUUUGAGAAGCUAAGGAUGAUUGCAAAAGAAAUUCGUCAUGUGGGCCGAAUGGCUUCAGUUAACAUGGACCCGGCCCUCAUGUUCAGGACUCGGAAGAAGAAAUGGCGGAGUUUGGGGUCUCUCAGCCAGGGUAGUACAAAUGCAACAGUGCUAGAUGUUGCUCAGACAGGUGGCCAUAAAAAGCGGGUACGUCGUAGUUCCUUUCUCAAUGCCAAAAAGCUUUAUGAAGAUGCCCAAAUGGCUCGAAAAGUGAAGCAGUACCUGUCCAAUUUGGAGCUAGAAAUGGAUGAGGAGAGUCUUCAGACAUUAUCGCUACAGUGUGAGCCAGCAACCAACACAUUGCCUAAGAAUCCUGGUGACAAAAAGCCUGGCAAAUCCGAGACCUCCCCUGUGGCUCCGAGGGCAGGGUCACAACAGAAAGCACAACCCCAGCCACAGCCCCAGCAGCCGCCGCCACCACAUAAAGUCAACCAGGGACUGCAGGUUCCUGCCGUGUCCCUUUACCCUUCGCGGAAGAAAGUCCCCGUAAAGGAUCUUCCGCCUUUUGGCAUAAACUCUCCACAAGCUUUAAAGAAAAUUCUUUCUUUGUCUGAAGAAGGAAGUUUGGAACGUCACAAGAAACAAGCCGAAGACACGAUGUCAAAUGCAUCAUCACAGCUUUCUUCUCCACCUACUUCCCCACAGAGUUCUCCAAGGAAAGGCUAUACUUUGGCUCCCAGUGGUACUGUGGAUAAUUUUUCAGAUUCUGGUCACAGCGAAAUUUCUUCACGAUCCAGCAUUGUCAGCAAUUCUUCUUUUGACUCAGUGCCAGUGUCACUGCAUGAUGAGAGGCGCCAGAGGCAUUCUGUCAGCGUCGUGGAAACAACCCUAGGAGUGGGCAGGAUGGAGAGGCGGACCGUGAUUGAGCCGGACCAGUACAGCUUGGGGUCCUAUGCACCGAUGUCGGAGAGUCGAGGCUUAUAUGCUACAGCUACAGUAAUCUCUUCUCCAAGCACAGAGGAACUUUCCCAAGAUCAGGGGGAUCGCGCCUCACUCGAUGCUGCUGACAGCGGCCGUGGGAGCUGGACGUCGUGCUCAAGUGGUUCCCACGAUAACAUACAGACGAUCCAGCACCAGAGAAGCUGGGAGACGCUCCCAUUUGGGCACACUCACUUUGAUUAUUCAGGGGAUCCUACAGGUUUUUGGGCCUCAAGCAGCCAUAUGGACCAAAUCAUGUUUUCUGAUCAUAGCACAAAGCAUAACAGGCAAAAUCAAAGUAGAGAGAGUCUUGAACAAGCCCAAUCCCGGGCAAGCUGGGCAUCUUCCACGGGUUACUGGGGAGAAGACUCAGAAGGUGACACGGGCACAAUAAAGCGGAGGGGUGGGAAGGACGUUUCCAUCGAAGCUGAAAGCAGUAGCAUAGCGUCUGUGACCACAGAAGAAACCAAACCUGUUCCCAUGCCUGCCCACAUAGCUGUGGCGUCAAGUACUGCAAAGGGGCUUAUUGCACGAAAGGAGGGCAGGUAUCGAGAGCCCCCGCCCACGCCGCCGGGCUACGUUGGAAUCCCCAUCGCUGACUUUCCAGAAGGGCAUUCUCAUCCAGCCAGGAAACCUCCGGACUACAACGUGGCGCUUCAGAGGUCUCGGAUGAUCGCCAGACCCUCCGACGCAGCUGGGCCUUCGCCGGCACAGCCCCCGCAUGGGCCCCCGACGAGCAGCAGGCCCGCGAACAAACCGCAGUGGCACAGACCCAGCGAGUCCGACCCGCGCCUCGCCCCCUACCAGUCGCAAGGCUUUUCCGCGGAGGAGGACGAAGAUGAACAAGUAUCUGCUGUUUGAGGCACAGGCGAGCCACCUACAAGGAGAGGACACGAAGACGUCCCUAGCAUUGGAGCCUUGGAACUCACAUUCUGAGGAUGGUGGACCAGUUUGCCUCCUUCCCUGCCUUAAAAGCAGCAUGGGGCUUCUCCCCUUCUUCCCUUCCCCUUUGCAUGUGAAAUACUGUGAAGAAAUUGCCCUGGCACUUUUCAGACUUUGUUGCUUGAAAUGCACAGUGCAGCAAUCUUCAAGCUCCCGCUGUUGCUGCCUGCCACAUCACACAAUAUCAUUCCAAAUUCCAAGAUCAUCACGACGAGAUGAUUCACUCUGGCUGCACUUCUCAAUGCCUGGAAGGAUUUUUAAAAAUCUUCCUUUUAGAUUUCAAUCCAGUCCUAGCACUUGGUCUCAUUGGGAUAAUGAGAAAAGCUAGCCAUUGAACUACUUGGGGCCUUUAACCCACCGAGGAAGACAAAGAAAAACAAUGAAAUCCUUUGAGCACAGUGCUUGUCCACUUGUUUACAAUGUCCUCCUUUUUUAAAAAAAAAAAUGAGUUUAAAGAUUGUGUUUAGAGAGUAAAUGUUUUAUCCAUUUAAUGAUUACAGUAUUAUUUUGAACCUUAAGUAGGGUUGCCAGCCUGGUUUCUAAAAAACCAAAUAUGCCGGACAGGGUGUGGCCGCACCAGGAAGUGGGGAAGGCCUGGCUUGUGACCCUGUCUUCCCACGUCCUUCUGGCCUCACCCAUGAAGUGCCCUAUCCUGGAAGUAUAAAAUGUUAGCCAAUUUCUCGAAUACCAAGACACCUCAUCUGCUCCUUCCCCAGCGGGUGGGGUUCUGUAAAACUGUUUGCACAUGGCCAGGGGAGGGAAAAAGGACUCUCAUGUCCUGUCUGAGCCUUAUGGAGGCAGGACAGUGUCAUUUGAAGGGCGUGUCCUGCUCCAUUGAGAUGGAUGGCAAACCCCGUUUUUAAGUUAUGUUUCUUUGAUUUUUGUUAAUUUAGAGUUUUAGUUGUGUUUUGUUUUUUUUUUUUUUAAGAAACAUUUAUAACUGGACAGCAUUGCAGUGAAAGCAGCUUGGGAUGUUGGAGCUAAUGCCAGCUGUUUAUACUGCUCUUUCAAGACAGCCUCCCUUUACUGAAUUGGCAUUAGGGAAUAAACAAGCCUUUAAACGUGAUAAAAGAUCAAAAACCUAGUUAGAUAUGCCAGCCUUUGCAAGGCAGGUUAGUCACCAAAGACUAACCUCCAAAUGGCUUUAUGGACACUGACUAUAGAGAGGCCUAAGUGUAGCAACCAUCUGCUCACAGCUGCUAUUAACCCUAUAUUGACUGAAAAUGACCCCUCCACUCUAUUUUUGUGUUGUUUUUGCACAGACUCCGGAAAAGUGAAGGCUGCCAAUCUGAGUAGUACUCAAAUGUGAGGAACUGCUGGUCUUGGAUUUUUUUUCCAUUAAAUUCAGCUGAUCAUAUUGAUCAGUAGAUAAACGUAAAUAGCUUCAAAUUUUAAAAGUGGAAUUGCAGUGUUUUUUCACUGUAUCAAACAAUGUCAGUGCUUUAUUUAAUAAUUCUCUUCUGUACCAUGGCAUUUGUCUACUUGCUUAUAUAUUACAUUGUCAAUUAUGCAUUUGUAAUUUUACAUGUAAUAUGCAUUAUUUGCCAGUUUUAUUAUAUAGGCUAUGGACCUCAUGUGCAUAUAGAAAGACAGAAAUCUAGCUCUACCACAAGUUGCACAAAUGUUACCUAAGCAUUAAGUAAUUGUAGAACAUAGGACUGCUAAUCUCAGUUCGCUCUGUGAUGUCAAGUGCAGAAUGUACAAUUAACUGGUGAUUUCCUCAUACUUUUGAUACUACUUGUACCUGUAUGUCUUUUAGAAAGACAUUGGUGGAGUCUGUAUCCCUUUUGUAUUUUUAAUACAAUAAUUGUACAUAUUGGUUAUAUUUUUGUUGAAGAUGGUAGAAAUGUACUAUGUUUAUGCUUCUACAUCCAGUUUGUACAAGCUGGAAAAUAAAUAAAUAUAACA